GGGAACUUCAGUCGGAAGGUUCACGCGCGUGUCGAAAAAUUCUGUGAGUGCCAACAUAUUCGCAAUCGACUGUAAACACCACUUUCACCCGAGCUUAUAUCACAAUGGCCAACCCCGGAAACGUUGCCCGUGGUCUCAAGGCGGCGGUCUCCAACCCUAACAACUCUGAGGAAGCCAAGGAGCGUGCCCAGGCUCGCCUCGAUGAGAUGGAGCAAAGCGGAGAGGCCUACGGGACCGAGGCGCACAACGCCCAAGUGAGGCAGGGCCACAAGGCCGCCACGAACAACCCCAACGUGUCGGACGAGGUCAAGCAGCGCUCUGCCCAGGCCAUCUCUAACAUGAAUUAGAGUGCGAGUUCGUAGCAACGGAUUGUAAUCGUUCCGAGAAACUGUACAAUAUAAUGAGUUUGAUUGAUGUGUAUUGAGAUGAUAAGUCUGAGGAUACCAAC